AUGACUGUGUACAGGAAGGAGUUUACUAAAACAACUUUUACAGUCACACACACUCUGCAGUACCUCUACACUGCCCUCACAACAGGAAGAAAUGUCACUGCUGUAGGUCUGGUGGAUGGAGAGCAGUUUGUGUCCUACAACAGCAACAUCAAGAAGCUGAUCCCAAAGACAGAGUGGAUAAAGAAGGUCGAAGCUGAUGAUCAGCACUUUACAAAAUGUGUCUCUGCAGUUCGUUCCGAGGCAUCACUGUUCCAGAAACACUCGUCAUCUCCAGAGGUGGUGUGUCAUGCUACAGGUUUCUUCCCCAAAGCAGUGAUGAUCUCCUGGCAGAAGGACGGAGAGGAGGUGCAUGAGAACGUGGAGCUCAGAGAGACGUUACCCAACCAGGAUGGAAGCUUCCAGAAGAGAAGCAUUCUGACAGUUCCAGCUGAGGAGCUGCAGAAACACACCUACACCUGCGUGAUUCAGCACAGCAGCUUGGAGAAGGAGUUAGUGCUGCCUGUGAGCGAGCGCCGAAUCCUGAGAGGUGGAGGAUCAGAUGGAGGAUCAGAUGGAGGGCAGAAAUGUGUCAUUGCUGCUAUAGUCGUGGUUCCCAUGGUUCUUUUUGCUGUUGCUGCUGGAUUUGUGAUCUGGAAGAAAAGGAAGUCUGGGGAGAGGAAGAAAGAAACAAAAAAUAAGUUCAGCAGAGCAACUGGAGACAUUGAACUCGAACUUGGAUCUUGUCACAUGGACAGAGACGUCAGGAAGGAGCUGGGAUGAUUCAGCAGCCAAUGGACACUUUGCAGUUUGGAAGGAUUGCCCUGGACAUGACCUUAUUCCAUGAAACUUUACAAAAUCCCUUCAAAUAAGGUCAUGAGAUGAGUGAAAGCAGGAGGUAUAAAGAAAUUGGGUUUUAAGUGUACAGGAGGUGUGGGAGUAAGACCAGGAGGAGGAACAGUAGGAGCUGAGGGAGAGCAGAGGGGUGUGUGUGUGUUGUUCACUCAGACAGGUGAACCUGGUCAUGGAGAGAGGCUUUACUACCGGACAUCUUUGUAAGACUGAUGGAACAUCUGCGAUUGUGAGUAUGUAAUGGUGAUCUUUUUUGAAGAAGAUGAUCUUGUCACUGUAACCUUAUAAGUGCAAUUACAGUCAUGGGGAAAAUAAAGUACAAUAAAUAAAAACAUAGAAUUGAUGGACAAUGUACUUUCUUUUUCCAUGGCUGUAUGUGAAAGAAUAUACAAAUUCCUGGAAGUUAUCUGCUUAGAGAAUGUGGCUGUCCUGAUGCUUCAUUGUAUUAUUACUACAGUAUUAUGUACUUCUAUUUAUGCAUUAUGCAUAAUUUUACUAGAUUCCAGGUGGCAGAAAUGUGUUAAUAGGGAAAAUCAUGUAAAUGAGCAACUACAGUGUCCCAAAAGUCUUCAUA